GUAUAUACAUAAAUACUCCUUCACUCGGGCAUACCACACGGAGCACAGAACCAGGAAAUUAAACCUGAAAAUACAAACAACACAAACUGAUCUGUCAGUAAGGCCGGAAUUUCAACACAUUUAAGAAGGAUGUUUCUUUGCUUGCUGUCCUGUUGGUGUGGUCAGUGCCUGUAAGUGUGGUCACUAGAUGUAGUUUGUCUACAUAUUACAAAAGAAUUACUUGUUACCAGGAUCGCACCAAUGUUAUACCCAGUUUCCCAAAGUACAACGGAACUCUCAAUCUCCUGGCAUUAAACGGGAAAUGGAUCAUGAGAAAUCUAGACAAGAAUUCAUUCCGAGACACACUAGUGAAACAACUCACCCUUGAGAACAUUGGUUUACAACACCUGUCAUGUGACACGUUUACCAACAAUAGGCGGGAGUUGACUAUUCUCAACCUUGACGACAACCUGCUGGACUAUUUUCCUGCGUGUUCCCUCAAUAACUUGAAUCACCUGAGAGAGUUGACUUUGAGUAAGAACUUGAUCACAUGUGUUCCUGAACACAGUAUUCCUGGGUAUUUGGAACACCUUGACGUGUCACACAACCAAAUAUUUACAAUGAGUUCUGACAUGUCCACAGAUGUCUACAACGAGAACCCAUUGAAAACCUUCAACAUCAGAGGAAACAAACUCCACAGAAUCAGCAACAAUGAACUUCAUCAAUUUACAAGCUUAGAAAACCUUGAUGUAAGUGAGAACCGUCUAGAGUACAUUCAUCCAAGGUCGUUCGUAUCGUCUGGCAAGCACCUGCGGGAUAUCAAUCUGUCCCACAACCAGCUGAUGACAGAUGUGUGGUUCUGUCUGGAGCACUUACAACAGGUGAGAAAUCUUAACUUGUCUCACAACCAGAUAGAUCAUGUCAAUGAUAACAUGUUAUCCAGCAUGACAAACCUACAGACAUUUGACAUUUCAUACAACAUGCUUUCUGAAGUAGGACCAGCAUUUGUUAACCAACAGACUAUGCUUGUUCUGUUAUUUCAUCACAACUCUAUCACCAAGGUUGCCGAGGACAUGUUUGCCGUGGGAACCAGAUUUAUGUCCUCGUUCACGCUUGAUUUGUCCUUCAAUCUUCUGGUCAGUGUAGAUCUGACCAUCCUAGACUGCUGGGAUUGUAGGUUUGCUAUUCAUCACAACAAACUUACAACAAUGCGCCUCUCCUCAAACCAAAACAGCACUUUCAGUUUGUUUGACAUCUCCUCCAAUGUACUACUAACAAUACCUCCAAACCUGCCUCCAUGGACCAACUUUAACGGAUCAAACAACCCAUUUUCCACAGCGAGUGUGAUGGACGUUUUGACUCAUUUCCCUAACAGGACUAUAUACAGUGUCGCCUUACAGAACACAACAUUCCUGUGUACUAACACAGAUAUCCCAGAGAUUGUGAUUCCCUCUGAUAUAACACUGAACCUGGCAGACAAUUGUGUUCCCUCUCAAUUCCUGUGUCACCUAAGAUCAAAUGUGUCCAGCCAAGUCAAUAUUAACUUGGACAGGAAUGGAAUCUUAACGCUUCACCAAUGCCCACUCAAUGUUUCUGUUGUAAAACUCUCAUUGAAGGGAAACCACUUAACAUAUCUGAAUGAAUCUUUCAUCACACAGGAAAUGCCAAAUCUAAAAUACUUAGAUCUAGCUGAAAACAAUAUGAAGUCAGUAAAUCUAUCACAACUGAGUAAAAUAGUACAUUUGAAUGCAUCUUUAAACAAUGUACAGGAACUCCCAUUCAUAGAAAUCCUUUAUCUGUAUCGGCAAACAAGAAUUCUUGAUUUUUCCUCAAGUAAUAUUUCUAGCGUAAAUAAUGUUAAUUUUGAAGGUUAUGAUAUUUAUGGGUCAUAUAUUAAUGUAGACAUUAGCAACAAUACUUUAAAACAUACUUUUCCUGUUACUUUUGCAAGGCAAACCAGGCAUUUCAGAUAUUCCACAUUUUAUUUAAAUUCAUCAGAUAAUCAAAUAGAGUCAAUCACUGAUGUUUUAGAUUUUCAGACAACUUAUGGUUUCUAUAUUUAUUCAUCCCUUUUAGUUUUUGAUUUGAGUAGAAAUAAAGUAAAAACUGUUUCAAAUAUGAUAAAAGAUUGUACGUCACGCUUGCGUUUCUCUCGGCCUAGGAUAGUUAUUAACAUAACUAAAAACAUGCUGACUGACUUCCCCAGCUGUGAUUCCCAGGAACAGAUUGAAUGUCCUGAUAUUAUUUUAGGACUGGAUUUCUCCUACAAUUUCCUUCAUGCCUUACCUCACAGUGAAACAUGUAUAAUGGAUAAACUUGUGAUGUUAAAUGUCAGUCACAAUGAUUUCACUGAGAUACCGGAACCAAUCGCCAACUCAUCAAAUCUCCUAUACCUGAUUAUGAGUGGCAAUAAGAUCACCACAAUCACACCCAAUGCUUUCAUUGGACUGCCUCUCCUCAGAGAACUUGAUUUGAGCUUUAACCAGCUUACAAUAUUUCCAGAAAGUAUAAAAAGUCUAUCAAAACUGGAAAAACUUAAUCUGGCAGGAAAUCACAUUCUGACUAUCCCAGACUCUGGAUUUUCCUUGUGGCCAUCUUUGUCUGUGGUUCAGCUCCAUGGAAACCCACUGGUCUGUUCCUGUUCCACGGCCUGGCUGAGAAACUACACCUUCACCACAGACCUUGGACAGUGUAGCUAUCCUGCAGAGCUAGAGGGGACUUCAGUAACCUGCCUGGAAAUCUCACCUUGUGAUGCAGGUGACAUGGUGUAUUCAUCGAAGGAAAAUAUACAGGCAUGUUUUGGGAAUGGACUUGUGUUUAAAAAUCAAAACCAAACCCUACAGUGGAACAUGUCAUCAAAAUAUGUACAAACCAUAUCACAAUCACUGGCCACUGUUGAAGUUUUCAGGGAAUGCAAGCUGGUAGCAAACUUUUCAGUAGUUGAUAAAGACACCUGGACACUUUCUGAUAAUGUUGAUGAAAAACGUGAUCUAGUGUGCCUGACAAUGUCAGAUAAACACUGGAUUAGUAAUAUCACAGUGUCUCGUGUUGGUUACAACAGAUCUAGAGCAGAACCAACUCACAUCAACAGAACCAAAUCUUCUUCAACCCGAGUCUCAAACAUCACACAGUGCCUACAUUGGAGUGAUUGUUGCUCUCUCCAUACUUUUGGCCAUUGUUGUGGGUGUAGGACUUGUCUACUUUCUACAUAAAAGACGUCAAACUGUCGCCAAACAUUCGGGAACUGUACCAACCACAUCAGGCCAGGAAAACAUGGUUUAUGAAAAUACCACUGUAGGUGAGACAUCAUUCAGUAGUGAUCCUAAUGAUGAACAUUGCUAUGAAAGUCUGAAUUGCUCAAAUAUAUAAUUAUGAAAACUAGUUCAACCCCACAGAUACAUACAAAACUAUCCCACACUCCCCUAUACACAAACACUAGAUCAAACCCUCAGAUACAUACAAAACUAUCCCACACUCCCCUAUAUACAAACAAUAACUCAAACCCACAGAUACAUACAAAACUAUCCCACACUCUCCUAUAUACAAACACUAGCUCAAAACGACAAAUACAUAUUAAACUAUCCCACACGCACCUAUAUACAAACACUAGCUCAAACCCUCAGAUACAUAUUAAACUAUCCCACACUCACCUAUAUUCAAACACUAGCUCAAACCCUCAGAUACAUAUUAAACUAUCCCACACUCAUCUAUAUACAAACACUAGAUCAAACCCUCAGAUACAUACAAAACUAUCCCACACUCUCCUAUAUACAAACACUAGAUCAAACCCUCAGAUACAUACAAAACUAUCCCACACUCACCUAUAUACAAACACUAGCUCAAAACGACAAAUACAUAUUAAA